GCAGAUCAACUGUUUACAUAUCGAAUUUACCAUUCUCGUUAACCAAUAAUGAUAUCUAUAAAUUACUCGAGAUUCAUGGGAAAAUAGUCAAUUUACGUUUUUCAGAGUGACAGUGGUGAAGGAUAAACGCACCAGAAAGAGCAAAGGUGUAGCAUUUGUACUGUUCUUGACUCCUGAAGACGCCAAAAAUUGUGUGUAUAAUACCAAUAAUACAGAGAUGGGAGGGCGCACAAUCAGAAGUUCAAUUGCAAAAGAUAACGGCAGAGCUACAGAAUUCAUUAAAAGAAAAGAAUAUCCAGAUAAAUCACAUUGUUAUGAAUGUGGCGAAGAAGGUCAUUUGUCUUAUCAGUGUGAAAAAAAUACUUUAGGUACCAGAACUCCACCUAAAAAAGUGAAAAAGAAAAGGAAGAAACAUCACGAGGACAACGACGACAAUGAACAGUACGAUUCUGAUGACAGCAGUUCGGCACUAAAUGAAAACCAGUCAAUGAAACAACCAUUUUCAGACAGUGAAGAAUCAGAGGAUGAAACAUUAAGUUCAGCUAUUAAAAGAGAGCAAGAGCGUCGAGAGAUGGAAAUGUAUAGGAACAACGUAGCAAGUGAUAAAAUUGAACUAGUCAACCAAAAAUCAUCUGAAAGACAAAAAAAACGUUUUAAAAAAAGUGAAUAUUUCAGUGAUGAAGAAGAAAUUAGUGAAUGA